GCAACUAGCGGAUAAAAGGCCCCCAGGGUGGCUCGGGAAGCCGGUUAGCGCUGCUCCACCACGGCGCCGGACCCUGCCCUGAUGUCUGCGAUCCAGCUGGCCCUUGGAGUCACCAUGACAUCAUCCUCACCAGUCACCAUCUCCUUGUUCCUACUGCUGCUGCUAGGCCAGGCCUCUCCCAGCAGGCCACAGUCACUGGGUAACAAGAAGCUCAGGCUGGUGGGCCCAGGGAGCAGGCCAGAGGAGGGUCGCCUGGAGGUGCUGCACCAGGGCCAGUGGGGCACCGUAUGUGACGAUGACUUCGCUCUCCAGGAAGCCAACGUGGCCUGUCGCCAAUUGGGCUUUGAGUCUGCCUUGACCUGGGCCCACAGUGCCAAAUAUGGCCAAGGGGAGGGACCCAUCUGGCUGGACAAUGUGCGCUGUGUGGGUACUGAGAGCAGCCUGGACCAGUGUGGAUCUAAUGGCUGGGGUGUCAGUGACUGUAGCCACUCUGAAGAUGUCGGGGUGGUGUGUCACCCCCAGCGUCACCGUGGCUACCUCUCUGAGCAGGUCUCCAAUGCCCUUGGGCCCCAGGGCCGGCGUCUGGAGGAGGUGCGCCUCAAGCCCAUCCUUGCCAGUGCCAAGCGGCAUAGCCCUGUGACCGAGGGGGCUGUGGAGGUACGGUAUGAGGGCCACUGGCGACAAGUGUGUGACCAGGGCUGGACCAUGAACAACAGCAGAGUGGUGUGUGGGAUGCUGGGCUUCCCUAAAGAAGUACCUGUCAACAGCUACUACUACAGGAAAGUCUGGAAUUUGAAGAUGAAGGAUCCAAAGUCUAGGCUCAGUGGCCUGGCCAGUAAGAACUCCUUCUGGAUCCACCGGGUCAACUGUCUGGGGACAGAGCCCCACCUGGCCAACUGCCAGGUACAGGUGGCUCCAGGACGGGGAAAGCUACGCCCAGCUUGUCCAGGUGGCAUGCAUGCUGUAGUCAGCUGUGUAGCAGGGCCCUAUUUCCGCUCACUGAAGGCCAAGUCCCAUCGCAAAGAGUCCCAAACAGAGCAGGAACUGAAGGUGCGCCUGCGUGCUGGGGCCCAGGUGGGUGAGGGCCGCGUGGAAGUGCUCAUGAACCGCCAGUGGGGCACCGUCUGUGACCACGGAUGGAACCUCAUCUCUGCCAGCGUGGUGUGUCGUCAGCUCGGCUUUGGCUCUGCGCGGGAGGCCCUCUUUGGGGCCCAGCUGGGUCAAGGACUAGGGCCCAUCCACUUGAGUGAGGUGCGCUGCAGGGGCUAUGAGCAGGCCCUCAGUGACUGCCUCACCCUGGAAGGGUCCCAGACCGGCUGUCAGCAUGCAAAUGAUGCUUCUGUCAGGUGCAAUAUCCCUGACAUGGGCUUCCAGAACCAGGUGCGCUUGGCUGGUGGGCGCAACCCAGAGGAGGGCGUGGUGGAGGUGCAGGUGGAGGUGAACGGGAUCCAACGUUGGGGCACAGUGUGCAGCGACCACUGGGGGCUCACCGAAGCCAUGGUGGUCUGUCGACAACUUGGCCUGGGUUUUGCCAACUUUGCCAUCAAGGACACCUGGUACUGGCAGGGGACGCCGGAGGCCAGAGAAGUGGUGAUGAGCGGGGUGCGCUGCUCAGGCACAGAGCUGGCCCUGCAGCAGUGUCCGAGGCACGGGCCUGUGCACUGUUCCCACGGCACCGGGCGAUUCUCAGCUGGAGUAGCCUGCAUGAACAGUGCUCCCGACCUAGUCAUGAAUGCCCAGCUGGUGCAAGAGACAGCCUACCUGGAGGACCGCCCGCUCAGCCUGCUAUACUGUGCUCAUGAGGAGAACUGCCUCUCCAAGUCCGCUGACCACAUGGACUGGCCCUACGGACACAGGCGCCUGUUGCGCUUCUCCUCACAGAUCUACAACCUGGGGCGGGCAGACUUCCGCCCCAAGAUUGGACGCCAUGGCUGGAUUUGGCACCAGUGUCACAGGCACUACCACAGCAUCGAGGUCUUCACCCACUAUGACCUGCUCACACUCAAUGGCUCCAAGGUGGCCGAGGGACACAAGGCCAGCUUCUGUCUAGAAGACACAAACUGUCCCACAGGAAUGCAGCGGCGCUAUGCAUGUGCCAACUUUGGGGAGCAGGGAGUGACUGUGGGCUGCUGGGAUACCUACCGGCAUGAUAUUGACUGCCAGUGGGUGGAUAUCACAGAUGUGAGGCCAGGGAACUAUAUCUUCCAGGUGGUUGUGAACCCCACAAACGAGGUGGCAGAGUCGGAUUUCUCCAACAACAUGAUGCGCUGCCGUUGCAAAUAUGACGGGCAGCGGAUCUGGCUGCACAACUGCCACACAGGAGAUUCAUAUCGAACCAAUGCAGAGCUCUCCGUGGAGCAGGAACAGCGACUCAGGAACAACCUCAUCUGAAGUCAUCACUACACGCUCCCAGCUCUGCCCACACACUAGAUACCUCAGCUUAUUGGAGCCAUGCCCUUCACAGAGCUCUGACUCAGAGGAAAAAGGGCUAGUGCCAAGUGGCACCAAGAAUCUGCUCAGGAAGCCUUUUGACGGCAAGAUCACCAGGCCGGGUGGUACUGCUUCCUCAGGAUGGCUCUGGGCUUGUCCCCUGAAGACCUGUGGCCCAUACAAUAUGGCCUCCAGGCUGCAGUCAGCUGAGCUCCUCUUCUGUAAGGGGAACCAGUUUUUCUUCAACUUGCUGCAGUUCCUUAGGGAUGAGCUGUGGUCCACUCCCCCAUCUAAGUGGUGCUUUCCUAAUGUCCUAGUGGAGCAGAGGAUAAAGGACCACAGUAUACAGAAAACAGAGUUAGUUCUCUGAUAGGAGCUCAAUGAGACACAACUGUGUCAAAGUCACACUAGAGAAGUGAAUUGGUGAAUGCAGUCUCUUGCUUUACCUCUUUUCCUUUAGGACUCAGCGCUUAUCCUCUGCAAAGUGUCUGUUCCUUAGUGUCUUUUCCCUAUCACAUAUUUGGGUGUUUCUUAUACCCCUAUAAACUCAGGCUUCUGGUACCCCCCAUCAUCUCCUUAUGGGUCAAUACCCCAGUUACCGAGGCUUGAGAAGGGACAAAUUUCAUAAAAGUAGCA